AUGGAUUUCGCCCAUUCAAAAGACUCUCUUGAGGAGUGUGAGAAGAGAGCUUCAAAUCACAUUGAAGUUGCUCACGAAGAAUUCGAAUUGAAGGAAAGCAUACACCCAGCGCCAAACACGACAGCAAAAGAACAAUGGAGCAAACUCUGGUUGGCCAUCAAGGCAAAUAAACAAUUUUGCUGGUGGACGAUUUACACCAUGCUUCUGACAUUUGGUUAUGGAUAUGACUCCGGGCUCUCCGGUACUGCCAUAGCUUUCCCUGCAUUUCGCAAAUACUAUGGGAACUAUUACACCGACGGCGAGGAGUGGGUCAUUCCUGCUUUAUGGCAAUCCCUUUGGAAUGCAGCAUCGACUAUUGGCCAAGUCUUUGGCGGGUAUGCCGCUGGUCAAUUUGCAGAUGUUUUAGGCCGCAAGAAGCUGUUGUACACUGCUGUCACUAUUUCACUCUGUUCCUCUUUCGCCUUAGUCUUUGCACCUAACCUUCCGGUCCUCUUUGUCUCGAAGCUUCUUCUGGGUCUUGCUGUGGGACUGUCAACUGUUCUCCCGCCUCUUUACGUGACAGAGAAUGCACCGGCGAAUCUGCGCAGUACGGCCUCAUCUCUCACCAAUGUUAUCAUUGUGUUUGGCAAUUUCUGCUCAUCAAUGACAGGAUAUGGCGCAUCCGGUUUAUCUGGAAAUUGGUCUUUCAGGCUUGCAUUUCUCAUGACAUUUGUCAUCCCCGGAAUCUAUCUCUGUGGUCUUCCUUUCCUCCCCGAAAGCCCAGUCUGGUACAUGAAGAAAGGCAGGGAAAGUGACGCACGCAAGGCCAUUCGCCGGCUGUACGGUUCAAAGUCUGACGUCGAAAUCUACAUUCAAGCCAUCAAGCUUGAGCUGAGACAACUCGAGAAUGAAGAGUCCACAGCUUGUCAGACAAGUUGGAAGAGCAUAUUCUCCAAGGAACACAGAUCCCGUACAUUUGUCGCAGUGCUUGGUCUUCAAUCCCAGAACUUCAGCGGUGGCUACUUUGCCAACACCUACCAGACCUACUACUUUGAACUAAUCGGUCAAACAAACUCCUUUCAGCUGACGGCGAUCUCAUCUACCCUUCAACUCUGCUCAAAUAUUGUCGCUGUCUUUUUGUCCGAUGUGAUUCCCCGUCGUAAAGGUCUGAUUGGUGGUGGCACUUUCCUCAUGUUCUGGUCAGUGAUCAUCGCUGGCGUAUCGAUCGCCCCGACUUCUAAUACCUCAGCGAACAUCGCACUGCUUGCCUUCAUGAUUACCUGGUCGAUGCUUUACACUGCAACAGUUGGAUGCUAUGGAUGGGCCGUGGCUCAGGAGACAGCUGCCCAGGUGACACGGCCCAAGACUAUUGCGUUUGUGCUUGUUUGCCAGCAGCUUACGGCGCUCUUACUUUCGUCUAUUUUCCCUUAUUUUAUCAACCCCAAUGAGUUGAACUGGGGUGGUAGGGUCAUGUUUCUGUUUGUUGGUGCUGAGUUUUUCAUUAUGUUUGGGCUUUACUUCUUCCAGCCCGAGACGCAGAACAGGUCAUAUGCGGAGAUCGAUGCUCUCUACGCUAACGGGCUUCCUCCUCGCAAGUUCAAGGAGUUUAUUAUCGUGGACGGUCAGGUUGUGGAGAAUUCCCCGAGGAUUAAUUCUCCGAAUUGGGCUUUGGGAAGGAAAGAGCCAAUUGUAUAA